AUUUUACUAAUUUUCUCACCUACCAUUAAAACAUCACCCGUCUAUUUAGACCGAUCCCAGCCGUCCAUUUCAAAACACAACUCAAGCCUCACGAUCACCCCGAUCCAACGAUCACAAUUACAUCUUCUGGAAACUUCUCUCUCUUCGCAGCCCCCCCUUAUAUCUUACUAGUAUAUAUCACUCCCACACUCACAAUCCUCAGCUCAGUGCUUGUGUUGUCCACGCUCUCUACCCAUCGUUAGGGUUUAUACAAUUUCUCUCUCUACGUUUCAGAAUCUGUGAAAAUGGUGAAGAACUACCCAGCUGUGAGUGAGGAGUACUUGAAGGCUGUUGACAAAUGCAAGAGGAAGCUCAGGGGUCUCAUCGCUGAGAAGAAUUGCGCUCCUAUCAUGCUCCGUCUUGCAUGGCACUCUGCUGGUACAUUUGAUCAGUGCUCAAAAACUGGAGGUCCUUUUGGAACCAUGAGAUUCGAAGAGGAGCUUGCGCAUGCUGCCAACAGUGGUCUUGAUAUUGCUUUGAGGCUCUUGGAGCCCAUCAGGAAGCAGUUCCCCACUCUCUCCUUUGCUGACUUCUACCAGUUGGCUGGAGUUGUGGCUGUUGAAGUUACUGGAGGACCUGAUGUUCCAUUCCACCCAGGAAGGCCGGACAAGGCUGAGCCACCUGUUGAAGGCCGCUUGCCCGAUGCUACCAAGGGAUCUGACCACCUGAGGGAUGUCUUUACCAAACAAAUGGGUCUGACCGAUCAGGAUAUCGUUGCACUCUCUGGUGGCCACACUCUGGGAAGAUGCCACAAGGAGCGAUCUGGAUUUGAGGGACCAUGGACUUUCAACCCCCUCAUCUUCGACAACUCUUACUUCACGAAGCUUCUGUCUGGAGAGAAAGAGGGGCUUCUGCAGUUGCCAACAGACAAGACUCUUCUCACCGACCCUUGCUUCCGCCCAUUCGUUGAGAAAUAUGCUGCGGUUUGUGCAUUCUAAUCCUUACUUCUCUGCAUUCAUACAUUGCGCUCUGUGCUGAUCGUAGUUUCGUUCUCUCUCCGAUGAUAGGACGAGGAUGCAUUUUUUGCGGACUACGCUGAGGCUCACAUGAAGCUCUCUGAGCUGGGGUGAAACCCUUUUCCUUGGUUUGGCUUUGUAAUUGAGACUAGACUUUGAUUUUUAAGGAUAUUUACCUUUUUCUAUUGAUUGCUGCAGAUUCGCUGAUGCCUAA